AUGUGCGCGUGCGCUCCCGUCGACGCCACUGAGGUUAACCCGAUUAGUGCUCGUUGCGGUCAAUCUCCACAGUGCUCUACGGCGUCCUGUCGUGUUCGCGCGUUUGUCUGGUGACGUGCGCGAUGCAGCCCGGUGUCUCGUGCGUGAGAACGCGCUGGUGGAUGUGGGCGGCGUGGGCCUGCGCCUGGAGCGCUCCGUCGAGCGGCUCGCUGCUCCCCCUCGAGGUGGAGCGGCUGCGCGCCAGCGUGGGCGGGUACGCCGUCAUGAACUGCCAUCUCGACUUCCCUUUCGGCAAUGAAAUACCUUAUCACCUGCAGUGGGAUAAAGAUGACGAGACGAUCCUGUCGUGGUACAGCGGCGAGGCGGGCGGCGCGGCGGGCUCGGAGCGCGUGGCCGACCGGUGGGGCGGGCGCUUGAUGCGGCUGGCGGACGGGCGGCUGGGGCUCGGCCGCGGCUCCGUCAACGUGACGGCCGUGCGCGAGACCGACGCCGGCUUGUACCGCUGCCGCGUGUCCUUCCCCAACCGCACGCCGCCCGCGCGCAACAACGGCACCUUCUACUACCUCGACGUAGACGGUGGCAACCUGAUAGUGACGCCGCCCAUGAACGUGACGGUGCUGGAAGGCGAUCGCGCGGAGCUGGAGUGCUUGCCGAAGCACGCUGAGGCGACGGUGCAGUGGUUCCGUGACGAGCUGCCCCUCGAGAGCUUGCCUGAGCUGGCCGCGCGCGCCGAGCUGCCGCGCAACGGCAGCCUCGUGCUGCGCGCCGCGCACAGCGCUGACCCCGGAGAGUUCCAGUGCCGCGUGCAGGACCCCGACGGCACCACGCAGUCGGCCAGCGCCUUCCUGGAUGUUCAAUAUAAGGCGAAAGUGGUGUAUUCGCCGGCGGAGCGCUACCUGCCGUACGGCAAGCCGGCGAGCUUGGACUGCCAUUUCAGCGCUAACCCGCCGCUCACCAAUCUGCGCUGGGAGAAGGACGGCUUCCUCUUUGACCCGUACAACGUGCCCGGCGUCUUCUACAGCAGGAACGGCAGUCUGCUAUUCAAUCAGGUGGACGAGUCGCACGAGGGCGAGUACUCGUGCACGCCGUACAACGCGCUGGGCAGCGCGGGCGCGUCGGCGGGCGUGCGCGUGCGCGUGGCGCGGCCCCCGGCGCUGGCGGCGCGCCCGCACCCACUCUACGUGGCGCGCCUGGGGGACCGCCUCACGCUGCCCUGCGCCAUCGCUGCGGACCCUCAGCUGCCGCAGCCAGACCUCAGGUGGACUAGGAAAGACGGCAGCGAGUUGGCAGCGGACCGGCACUCGAUCCAGGACGGCAACCUGACCAUCGACGGCGUGUCGGAGGAGGACCGCGGCGUGUACGUGUGCACGGUGACCAACGACGCGGCGUCCGUGGCCGCCGAGGCCGAGCUCAUGGUGGAGAACCUGCCGCCGCGCGCGCCGCACAACCUCACCGCGCGCCUCCACACCCACUCCGUGCAGCUGGCCUGGGUGCCAGGUCACAACGGAGUAGAGGUGGAGUACCAGGUGUGGUACCGCGAGCGCGGCGCGGGCCAGUGGCGCACGCUGGGAGCGCGCGGGGCCGCCCCCUCCCCCUCCCCCGUCCCCUCCCCCGCCCCCCUCAGCGUCACCGUGCCCGGCCUGCGCCCCGCCACCGCCUACGAGCUGCGCGUGCUGGCGCAGGACCACAUCGGCGACGGACUCUUCAGCAAACCCAUAUUCAUCACCACAUUGGAUUCAACUGAGACUGAAGAGAACGGAACGACCGUGUACGCGGCGGUGACGGAGGCGUCGGCCAUGAGCGAGGAGCUGGAGGUGUCGGUGCGGCUGCUGGACGACGGCGCGCUCGUGCGCUGGCGCCGCGAGCCCGGCGACGACGCGCACUGCUUCGUGCGCUGGUACCGCGGCCCGCCACCUGGCGACCACCUGCUGCUGACCGCGCACACCACGCAGGACUACAUGCUCGUGGAGGACAUCGAAGAGGGCGGUGAAUACUGGGCGCGCGUGGAGUGCGGCGGCGGAGCCCUGGCAGGCGGGGCGGCGCUGCACGUGCCGGCGUACGGGCGCCUGCGCGCGGUGGCGGGUGGGUGCGCGGGGGCGGCGCUGCUGCUGGCCGCCGCACUCACCGCCGCCUACCUCGCGCGACGACAUCUACGCCCUCACCCGCGCCCGCACGCGCCCCGAGACAAGCGCGCGCGCUGACCGCACCCGCUGCGACGGACCCUGCUAUUGUGAAGCGGUACAUCUGCCGGAUCUACAGUACCAACCUUUGACACGCUUGCGGACGGUGGUCCCGAAAGUGCAAACUGACCUUUGUUAUGUUUAAAGCCAGAAACAUAUUAACGUGUCGUGUCGUGUCGUGGCGCGCCAGAAGCACAUUGGUUUCAUGCAUUUACUAUGGUUGGAGACAUAUUUACGUAUCGUGUCGUGUCGACGCUUCAACCUCUCUAUCUCUCUCUAACCCAUAAUAAAUGUAUGGAACCGAUGCGCCACGUCACGCCACGACACGUUACAUAUGCUUCUGGAUUUAGUUUGGCGCAUUACAUCCGGCAGGUGUAGCGCUCCGGAGACUCGAGCGCGAAUUUUUGAUAGCUCCAUAUCGUAUCGCAUCAUCAAAGUUUCUAUUAAAACUGAGCAUCCCCCCUCCCUUCCCCCCGAUAUCGGACAUAAAAAACAAAGUAGCUUUUUCCAAACUAGAUUUGAAAAUGACGAUACGUUAAGGAACUGUCGAAAAUUCGUGCUCGGGCCUCAGGGAGAUCCCAUCAUUAAAAUAAAGACGGCCAAAGAAUCCUUUGGAAAGAGAGGAACCGCCUUAUUUCAAAAUAAUGUUCACUUUUUUAGUGCUCACCGCUGAGACAACAUUAAAACAGGAAAUUAAUUUAUUAAAGUACUAGGUACCGCUCACCGACAAUAUAUCUCGGAACAUUUGGGACUAGAGGCCCAAGCACAAAUUUUUAACAGCCCCGUAACUCUCCGAAACUCCGAAAACGAAGCAGCGCCUCUAUCGAACGUAAGAACAAACUCGCUUUUUCCUUAUGGUAGCCAUACACACUACGAGAAAUCGUUACGAUCAGACUGUACAGUUCGAACGGAAUAGUUUAUUGUACGUGGCGUACGUAUAGGAAACUGUGCAGUUUUAUAACAUACACGCUACGAUUUAUCGGUACCGUUCGGACGGUACAGUCUAAUCGUAACGAUUUCUCGUAGUGUGUAUGGCUACCAUUACAAAAUUUGCUGUCAAAAAUUCGUGCUUGGGCCUCAGUGCGAGCGCUACCUCCAACCGCUAGAGACUCGCGUCUGCAACAUUUAUGUGCAAAAAUCAAGUUAAGAAAAAAAAAUUAUAACUGUUCAGUAGACGGUUUUUUGAAGUCAAGUUUAAAGGAUGACUUUCAUUUGUAAUUUGUACCUAAUAUAACAAUAACUUUAACUUACACUAGUUAUUAUUGGUUUAUAUUUCAAUUCUUUUUCCUGUUUCAUUCUCAACAAAAAAUCAAACAACUAGAUACGUAUGAGUGCCACUACUACGAUUUCUUAAUGAACAAGCCAAAGCUGACACAAGGAGUGCGCGACCGUCGCGCGUACGUAUGAAAAAUGACGUAUAAUGCGAUUCAACUAAGAAUAGGAUCAACUGGGCGCUAUUUUGUGAUGUCAUAGCUGUCAGUUGAAACAAAAUAGGUAGAGUGAGCAAAAAAAGUUUUUCUUCGAUAAAACUUAUUUACUAAGAUUAAGUGAGAAAAAACAUCAGAUUUUUUUUAAAUAAAACUUAUUUACUAAGAUUAAGUGAGAAGAAACAUCAGAUUAUAUUAAUAAGAUUUAUUUACUAAGAUUAAGAAAAAAAAACAACCGAUUUUUACUAACAUUUAUUUAUUAAGACUGCGUGAGUAAAAAUAUUAAUCGGAAUCUAGCUCUUCAAUUCCGAUCAGCUCUGCAUAACUACCGGAGUUGUCAUCGUCGUCAUGUUUGUUUACAAAUGUUUGGUUUUUUUAUUCUAGAAUUAGCCGAGUGCUAAAAAAAAGAGUUCCAAAAGUUUUUUGCAAACCGUACUGUUCAAGCGUCAUUUGACAGAUGGAGGUCAUUGGCUUUCUUAUUCUUAUUUGAAUCGCAUUAUACAUACAUUGUGAUAAACUUCUUUCCUAACUACUUACUUUGUGUAUCUUAUUUGACUUGUCUGAGUAUGGAUGUAAGUAGGUAACUUUAAUUUAAAUCUUUGAUCAACAACAGUAUUGUUGAUUCAAAUGAAAUGGCUAUGCAGGUACGCGAUAGAUUUUUUUUGCUAAUGUAGAUAUCUGUAGAGCAGUGUACAUAUACAGCAGUCCAUAUUUCAGCUUGCCCCGCGCUAAAGCAACCACCAGACUGUAUAAUAUAUCGCCGUAUCACCUACGUUUAGACUCAUAUUUUUAUUUCCUAAGAUACCGUCCUAUAUUUUUAUGUUUUUUUAUCAGAUAACAUAUAUGUACGUAUUUAAUUAUGUUAGAGAGGAAUGUGAUGCUUUAAAUACCAUACAUAGGGACUAGAUGUCAUUUUUAUUUCUAUGAAAUCAUUAUGCUUUUUAAAAAGUUAUUUUAUAUUAUCGUAAAUAUAUUGUAAAUUACCUAAUAACAUGACGUGUUCAUCGGAAACUUAUGGAUACUGGUUAUAUGGAAUCAACUUUAAUUACCGAUAAAAAUAGGUACCUAUGAUUUAUAUUUGGCUACUCUGCGCAAUAUUUGUCUUCAAUAUUUUUUUUUGAUGAGUGAACCAGGGCCGUAUUUUAAAAUCUGGCGCCAUGCGCCACUUAUGACUGGCGCCCCUCAAUCAGUAUCAGUAGUAAUCAAAUCGAAAUAAUAUACUUUAGUAACGAAUGCCUUUACAUAGUUUCUGCCGCCCCAGGCCAUGACUCUCUUGGACCUAUAGGGAAAAUACGCCCCUGGAGUGAACAUUUAUUUAUAAAUACACAUGUUACUUCUGUCCGCGGUGACUUUUUUUAAUUGUGUAUUUAUGUUGUAAAAAUAAAACUAAACAUUUAGUGAUACUGUCUGGUGGAUCCCUCUCAUCUCAUGUGACGCGACAAUAUUUGAUUUAUGUUGAAAACAAUGUGACUGAAAGUUAUAAUUUAUUACGUUCUAAUGUUAAAUAUUAAUUUAUUUGCAAUAAAGUACAUUAUGAUGUUAUUAUGUUUUGUUUUAUUGAAGACUUUUUGGGAAAGGACAUCACUAUGUUAGUU